AUGGCUGCUGUGGCCUACUUCAGGUUCGAAGAGGAAGGAAAGGUGGAAUGUGCGAUGAUUGGAUCUAAAACACGUGUAGCCCCUCUGAAGUUUCUCUCUAUCCCUCGUCUUGAGCUGCAAGCUGCCGUUAUAGGAGCUCGUCUAGCCGAAUGUAUCGUCAAAUCACAUCGAAUGAAGAUCGUGCGCCGCGUUUUCUGGACCGACUCCCGUGAUGUUGUAUGCUGGUCACGAUCUGACCAUCGGCGCUAUAGCCAAUUCGUUGCCUUCCGGAUCAGCGAGCUGCUGGAUACAACGCAAGUGGAUGAGUGGAGAUGGCUACCAACUAAAGCGAACGUAGCGGACGAAGGCACGAAGUGGAAAAGGCUGCCGGACUUUCGGCCUAGUAGUCGCUGGUUUCGCGGACAGGAUUUUCUUUGGGAAUCGAAGAGCAAAUGGCCUGGUGACAAUCGAGAUCAAGGAUCAACCAUAGAAGAAAUUCGUCCCAGUGUCCUACAUCAUACAGUCACCGAGCCACUAGUGAGUUUCGAGCGCUUCUCCAAAUGGAAACGUCUGCUGAGAUCGAUGGCAUAUGUCCAUCGUUUCAUCAUGAACCUUCGUAAGCGUACCGAGGGGACCACCACCGAACUGGGGCCACUAACGCAGGAAGAGCUGAAACUGGCCGAAAGCACCAUUUACCGGAUGGUUCAAAAGCAAGCGUAUCCUGACGAAAUGCGACUGAUCCGUAAGAAUGAUUCAAAUGCUAAUCCGUGGGAACGUACAUUGCCAAAAACCAGCCCAUUGUACAAACUGAGUCCAGCCAUCGAUAACCACGGUGUCCUACGGAUGCGAGGGCGUAUAAACGCAUGCGAAUGGGUCGACGAGGCGACCAAAAACCCAAUCCUGCUUCCAAGACGGAAUCUCGUUACCAAUCUGGUGCUCGCGGAUUACCACGCUUCGUACCGUCAUCAGAAUCAUCAUACAGUAUUGAACCAGGUUAGAUUGAAAUUCAACAUCCCUCGCCUUCGUUCGGAGUUCGACCGUGUUCGCAGAGACUGCCAGCGCUGUAAGAUUCGACAAUCAAGACCGCAGCCUCCAGCAAUGGGGAACCUCCCACCUGCGCGGUUGGCGGCGUUCCAGCGACCGUUUUCCUACACAGGAGUCGAUUAUUUUGGGCCGAUGUCGGUGCUAGUUGGCAGACGAACAGAGAAAAGAUGGGGAGUCCUGCUCACCUGUAUGACAACCCGAGGUGUGCACAUCGAAAUCGCAUAUUCACUGACGACAGACUCGUGCAUUCUAGCACCGCGCAACUUCAUUGCGAGAAGGGGCAUACCGCUGGAAAUUAUAAGCGACCGAGGAACGAACUUCGUCGGAGCCUCCCGGGAACUACGCGAGAAUCUGGAACGGGUCGAUGAAAAGAAGCUCAUGAUCGAAUUCGUCAGUCCUAACACGAAAUGGACUUUCAAUCCACCGGCCGCUCCACAUUUUGGUGGCUGCUGGGAGCGCUUAAUCCACUCGGUCAAGAAAACCAUGAGUGACUUCGACCUGCCGCGGUUACCAUCGGAUGAGAUUUUGCGAUCCACACUAAUGGAGAUUGAGAUGAUUUUGAACACAAGACCGCUCACUGACAUAACCCUUGAAAACGAUGACGAGCCCCCCCUAACACCAAAUCACUUUCUGUUAGGGACCUCUGAUGGAACCAAGCCCCCGAUCGCCUUCAACGACGGACCAAUCGAACUGAAGCAAUCCUGGAAGAUGGCCCAGCUAUACGCUGACCAUUUCUGGAAGAAGUGGGUGACCGAGUACCUGCCUACAUUGACGCGCAGAACUAGAUGGUUCCUACCCGUUAAACCCAUCCAAGAAGGGGAUUUGGUGGUGAUCGUGGACUGCAAUCUCCCAAGAAACUGUUGGCCACGAGGACGUGUUGUCGAGGCAGUCCAAGCCAAAGACGGACAAGUUCGCCGUGUGACCGUACAGACAGCGAGUGGACUGUUACAGAGACCAGCGUCCAAGGUUGCGGUGCUAGACGUCGGUGCUAUCGGUGGUAAGCCACUUAAAAAGUAGUGGCGUACCGGGGGGAGUGUCACAUCUCUUUGUGAUGCGACGCACCUUCCUUUUAAACAUCUCCGAUAUAUGUGUGCCACAGCCCUGUGAACUGGGCGCACCUUUAUAUUUCAACCGUCGAUCUGUGCGUGACUCAACACAACCCUGAACUGUCAUCCUACCAGUCGAGUGUAAGUAGAAGAAAAGUUGCAAGUCAGCAGUCAGUGAAAUCAUACGGUAGUGGAAGAUAAAAAGCUAUUUCAGUAAAGCAGUCAGUAAAGGCAAAGUGGAAGAUUUCUAAAAGUUAAAUUGAGUAGCUUAACACUAAAUCCUGCAGUAUCGGGUCAGUCAGUACAGUUUAUUUAUUAAAACUUAAAACUACAUACAUACAGAAGAAACUAAAUUUAGUACGAAGAUAGUACGGGCCGUUGUGUCUAGUACGGAUAGAAUAGCAGCAGAAGAAACUAAACGUGAGUACUUGCUCUAUUUAUGUAAAAUCAAUAUUAAUUUGCAUUUAUCCCCGAAGGGAUUUUAUAACUUCUGUCAUCAAAUAUAUUAGUUACAAAAC